UUUAGGUCAUGUUUCAACCAUACUAGCAUGGUUUUGGUGACACCUGGCAGCCUGCGCUCCAUCAUCCAAAUGAGCUAUGACAGAAGGCGAAGAAGUGGCAAAAUUGCAGGCACCUUUGCCCUCGAUGCCCUCAUCGUCAGAAGCUCCAGGAAUCGGGCUCUACGUCACUGUGAGCUUUGACGAUGGUCCUGGGACUGGUUUGACAGCACUGACAUCAGAGGAGAGCAGGGAUGACGCUUGCGAUGAACGCUAUUGGAGAUUCCAAGAGGUCCAUGGAUUUCCUCCACGAUUUAAGGUGCUUUUCGCUGAUGGAAUGACUUCGUUUCUGAAAGACUUGCCAAAUGCUGAGCAGGGUGUAUUGAUUGAUGAAGAUGGCGAUGAGCACCAGUAUCUCAAAGUCGAGCAGCUCGUGGUACUUGACCAGCAGGAGCGUGAAGAGUCAAAGGGGAUGAGGCGUGCGCCGGGUGGGUAUGGCUUUAUUGAAGUGGUGGAGGAUGCUUCUGUCAGUGAAAAACCUGAGAAGAAGCGCUCAACAACAAAGAAGCCACAAGCAGCAGGAAUUUCAAAGCGUCGUAAGGUCGAAGGUCCACCGGUCUCCGAAGCAGAUGCUGGCGCAACACCAAGCACCUCAGAAGGUCUGGUAGGCAGUCACUGGAAGUCGAAGUUGACCAAUGGCGUCAUCAUGAAGGAGGGGCCGAAGAAGCUGCGGUGGAGUGGCCCGGGUGCAGGACCACUCGUACUACGAGCCGGCGCAGAAGAGGCUCCAGCUGCAGGUCCCAAUUUGGUCGCUGAAGGUGAAGAAGCUGGAGGAGCAGGACCAGCGGUGGAAAAUGGCAGUGGAGGCGAAAGUGUCUCUGCGGCGCUGGCUGCUGCUGGAGUCCCUAGAGAAGGCGCCACUGCUGGUGCAAGUGCUCGGGUCAUUGUCGAAGAGGCAAAGACUAGCCGGUCAGUGUGUCGAAGUUGUGGGAUGACUGUCGAGAAAAAGAGCGUGCGCUGCGGACUACAAGGUUAUGCUGGUGGCCGGUCUGUGCUUCUUUGGGCCCACGCAAGCUGCUUCCUGAAGAAUCUCCAAGUGGAAUACGCGUGCACUAGACGUGGGCGCUGCAAGGGUUCGGGAGAAGCCUUUGAAGUUGGGCAGGUUCGUGUGGCCUUUGAGGUAGGGAAUCACAAGUCUUGGUGGCUUCCCAGUGAAGCUGCCCGUUGGACCUCUUUGGUGGUUCAGCUCUCUGGCGUUGCUUUGACCUCCUUGCUUGGCAUCGAUGAGCUGGAAGAGGAGCAUCGGGGAGCUUUGCUCGAACUCUUGCGUUCAGGGGCCGCAAGCUCUGUGCAGCUCAAGAGCUCCAAGGCGCCGAAAGCAAAAAAUAAGAAGCCAAGGGCUACGAAACCUUCCAAGGUGCCCUCACGAGCCACGGCUGACGUGGACAGUGGGCCGGCCGGGCAGGCUGAGCAGGCACUUGAGCUUGAGGACAAGGAUGACAGUGAUGUGGAGCUAGGCAUUCUCGAACCGUUACCAGGCUGUGUGCCUUUGGAUUUGGAUGAAUCAGAUGAAUGAUUUCCCAAAAUCCAAUCAAUCGAAUUCAAU